AUGCCACGCAACACCAAGAGAAUAAAGGGUGCCGCUGCGCGCCCUAAGCCAGGCAAGCCAUCUGGGCCUGCCAACCCAUCCAAGGGCCAAGGCAAGGGCCAGCAAGGCCAGAAUCAGAGCAACAAUGGCAAUGCACAGAAGAAGGGCCCUGUACAAGCAAAUCAAAGACCCAUUGUCCCAUUUUUGAGGAAGGAUCGAGUGCUCUUGAUCGGUGAAGGAGACUUCUCAUUCGCCCGCUCACUAGCAAAGCAAUAUAAAUGCCGCAAUCUCUGCGCAACAAGCUAUGACUCCAAAGAAACACUCUACAACAAAUACCCGCAAGUGGAAGAAAACCUGAAAACGAUCCUGGCCUCAAAUCCCAAACAAGAGCAGGACCGGCCCAAAGUCCUCUUUUCCGUGGACGCACGCAAACUCGGCACCCAAACCGGCGGCGGCAAAGAACUCCUCCGCGGUUUCACGCGCCGCGAGCGCAAAAGACCGGCCUGGUUCAACCCUUCCACUCCAGAUGAACCGUACCAGCCUGGCGGGGCGUGGGAUGUGAUCUGUUUCAAUUUCCCGCAUGUGGGCGGGCUCUCGACGGAUGUUAAUCGGCAGGUAAGGGCGAAUCAGGAAUUGCUGGUUGCUUUCUUCAAGGCUUGUGUGCCGCUUGUUUCGAAGCCGCCGCCUUUGAUGGAUGCCGACGAGGGGGAGUAUGAGUAUGAAGAUGGGGAGGGGAGUGAUGAUGAUGAAGACGAGGAAGAAGAAGAAGACGAUGGUGAAGGUGAAGAGGGCGAAGCCAAAGAUGAUGCAACCACGGGUAAAGGGGUGCGUACUGGUGCUGGCCAGAUACUUGUUACGUUGUUCGAGGGAGAACCUUAUACGCUUUGGAACAUCAAGGAUCUGGCGAGGCAUGCGGGGUUGGUUGUUGUAACUAGUUUCCGAUUUCCGUGGAGUUCUUACGAAGGGUAUUCGCAUGCACGGACGGUAGGACAUAUUGAGGGGAAGGAUGGGGAGAGAGCUGGCUGGAAGGGGGAGGAUCGGGAGGCGAGGAUGUAUGUAUUUGAGGUGAAACCGAAGGAGAAGAAGAGUGGGAAGAAGAGAAAUCGGGAUGAUUCUAGUGAUAGUGAGUAG